CCCUGCUGGUAGAAAAGAAUCCGAUUUGGAAGUCAGACAUGUAGCCUUCUCUGCACGUCCCUCCCCCGAGAGCUCUGGCUUCUCAAGUUAAAUAGUACCUUCAGCCUCUUCCCCAAGAAGACUAAAGUCUUAGCAUACAACUUCUUCCUUGGAUUUUUUUCCUCCCACCAGGUUGAAAUCAAUGGGGGCUUUAGUUUUGUGUUGUCAUUAACAUUCUAGAUUUCAUUGUGUUUUAUGUAUAUAUUGGCUCACAACUACAUUUAGCAUUCUGAAUAUUCCCUUUUCAAAUUCCUUUUUCAUUUCCUUGGGAAUAUACAUUAAUAGUUCAGGGACCAUCUAAAGGAGGUAAACUUUUUGAAUGCUCACUUAUUUGGAAAUGCCUUUCCUCCUCUCUCUUGAAUGCUAGUUUGAUUAAAAGCAGAAUUAUUAUAUUAUCAUUAUAAUUAUUAUUAUUACUUAAUUUUUUCAGAGAUAGAGACAGUCAGACAUGCAUCCCAGACAAGGUCUUCAUGCCAGAUUCCAUCCGCAGGAUUAGCCGGCCCUGAUGCCAGGCCCGUGUGUACUCUAUGCUCAGGGAGGCCUCAGGAUGUGAACCUGGGGACUUCCUAUGAAGGUCCGGUUACAUUACCACUGGGCCCUGAGAACAGAAUUCCAAAUCCAAUGUAAUCUUCCAAACUCUUCAGAUGUUUUUUAGCAUGUCAAUAUGUUAAAAGUCUGAUGUCAACUUGUUUCUAAGUCUUUUAUAGAUGAUCUUAUUUAUUUUUCUCUCUGGGAACUUUGAGCAUGUCUAGUUUCAUUCACUGAAUAACUCGUUAUUGAGAAUCUAACUAUUCCAGGUGCUGGGGAUAAAAAUGUGAAUGAAACAGAGUUUCUCACCCUAGAGCUGCUUGAACUCUAGCUGUCUAGUAGUUACGCUUAGAAGCUUGUACAUUUCCAGUCGAUGAUGGGAGGCUGUAGAACUUUUUUCUUCUUUUUUUUCUUUUUUAAGUUUUUGCUAUAGAGCACAUGUGUUCACUGGAGAGAGAGAAAGUAAGAAAUCACUCUUGAGAAAAAGACUCCUCCGUUGCUAAGAGGUAGUUAUUUCAGGGAAUAAGAGAAAUGAAGAUUUUCUGCUGAUAGUUCAGCCUCCAGCCUGCCAGUCUUGAGUGGAGAGUCAACGGGCAGGCCUUCAGAAGAAAACUCCUCCAUUGCUGCUGAGAACUAGUCAUUUCAGGGAAUAAAAGAAAUGAAGAUUUUCUACUGAUAAUUCAGCCUUCAGACCCUAAUCUUGAAUGGAAGGAAUGGCUAUCAGCUUUCAGAACUCCCACCAAGAGCAAGCUUAAAAGCCAAGUCAAGUAACAUUCAGAAAUUCUCUUCUUGAAGCAGUGAGUGAAGCGGCCAGGACUGCAGAGGAGCAAACAGCCCCAGCAGGUGACAUCUACAGCAUGGCUCUCAAUAUCUCCAAGAACAGCUCUUGCAAUCCUAUACUGACACCCCAUCUGACCAGGCUCUACUUCACAGUGCUCGCGGGGGGGCUAAUGGGUGUCAUCUCCAUCUUGUUCCUGCUGGUGAAGAUGAACACCCGGUCUGUGACGACCACGGCUGUCAUUAACUUGGUGGUGGUCCACAGUGUUUUCCUACUGACGGUGCCCUUUCGCUUGACCUACCUCAUCACGAAGACGUGGGUGUUCGGGUUGCCCUUCUGCAAGUUUGUGAGCGCCAUGCUGCACAUCCACAUGUACCUGACGUUCCUGUUCUACGUGGUGAUCCUGGUCAUCAGGUACCUCAUCUUCUUCAAGUGCAAGGACAAGGUGGAAUUCUACAGGAAGCUGCACGCCGCGGCUGCCAGCGUGGGCAUGUGGCUGCUGGUGAUUGUCAUCGUGGUGCCCGUGGUCUCUCAGUACGGAAUUCAGGAGACGUACAACGAGCAAGACUGCUUCAAAUUCCACAAAGAACUUAGUCAUGUGUACGUGCAAGUCAUCAACUAUCUGGUGGCCGUAAUCGUCAUAGCCACCGGGGUGGGGCUCCUGGUCUUCCAGGUCGUCAUCAUUGCGUCGAUAGUGCGGAAGCUGCGCCACUCUUCGCCGUCCCACCAGGAGUUCUGGGCUCAGCUGAAAAACCUGUUGUUUAUAGGAGUCAUCUUUACUUGCUUCCUGCCCUACCAGCUCUUUAGGGUCUAUUACUUGCAAGUGGUGGCGCACUCUGAGGGCUGUAACCACGACGUCGCAUUUUAUAAUGAAAUCUUCUUGAGUGCAACAGCCAUCAGCUGUUGUGAUUUGCUGCUCUUUGUUUUAGGGGGCAGCCAUUGGUUUAAACAAAAGAUAAUUGACCUGUGGAAUUGCCUUCUGUGCCGUUAGCCACAAACAUAGCAUUCUUAGUUACUUCCUUUAUUAAUAGGAAUGGAAAUGGGCACAGCAGAGGUAAGAGAAGUAUUUCAUUACCUGAUCAAAACUUACUAAGGCCUUGAUCAAGCCAGACGAAGAGUUCUAAGACACCAGAGAACGCACCGCAGUCCCUAUUGGAUGCCGGUGGUCUUCAAACGACGCCCAUCCAGAGACCAGGGAGUGGCAGGGCUGCAUUAUUUCCAGGACAGAGUGUCUGCUCCGCGCAUCUGGGCAAUGGGCUCUAACAGGGUCUAGAACUUCAUUAGCUCAAUCCGAUUUCCUUGGUUUGCAGCAUGGCAUGUUCUUAGCCUUUGGACUGGACUCGGCCCUCUCGUUCUUGCACUCCGCCUUAUGUUAGGCAGGUGAGUUCAGGCCAUGAUCCAGAUCCAGAAACACAAACUCUUGGUUAAACAAGAUUAAAGAGUCCAUUCAGCUCACACCCUGAUAAAAAAAAGAAAAAAAGAAAAAAAAAAAAAAAAAAAAAAAAAAAAAAAAAAAAAAAAAAAAAAAAAAAAAAAAAAAAAAAGACGAAGAGGAACAGUAAGAAAUGUUCUCAGAUUAUCAUAACUUUGGUAGGAAAUCAGUUAUCUAGAAAUCAAGAUAAAUAGAGCUUGUGGCCCUCUCUCGGCAAUAACAGAGUCUCCUAGAUGUGCCUACUGAAAGGUCAGGCUUAAGGACAUGGCAGCUGGACUGGUCCUUAGCCUAUUGGGUAAGGGAGCCAGCGCCACGUAACCACAGAUAGAAUCCUCGCUCUAGUGGCUUAAACAAUGCACAUUAAAAAAUAAAAAUCCUAUCCAUGCAUGCCUGAACACCCAAUGGGAUGGAGAGACGGAAGAGAAGGAAUUGCAGCAUGCCCGCACUCCUUUGGCUGAUACUUUCUCCCCCCAUCUCUGUCCUCUGUCUCUUUCCAGCAAGCAUACAUGCCCUCCGGAAAUUAAAAAAAAUAGGACAUACAGAUUUACUUUCUCUAGAUCCCAAUUGUACUGUUCCUCCGAAAAUUACUUAAAACUUUACUGAGCAUAAAAAUAUACCACUGAAACUGUAACUUAAAGAAUAUUCCAGAAUAUUCCUUUAAAUGUUGCAAAGCAUUACAGUGAGUUUCCAAGAGAAGUGAUGGGUUUUUUCUUUUUUCGUUUUUGAGAGACUCUCUAGACAUCCUGGGCCAUAGUUAACUUAGAUUCUCUUUGGAGACAGAACAUUAUAUUGAAAUCUUUAGUGUUUUCUUUUACCCUUAUAUCAUGUGUUGUUAAAUAAAUGAAAACUAUUUUUAAAAAACUUGAGAAAUAUAUAGACAAACCAUUAGGUUAGACUAUAAAAUUAGACUGCACGAAGUUUUUUUUGAUUAUUUAAGGAAUUAAUAAAUAAAUGUACUGGAAAUGAAUAAAUUAUAAUCCUUUAACAAUUAAAUAAUUGGAUUUUCUUACCAAAAUUUGAGAAACUUUUUAAAAUAUCUGACUUAUAACUCGUGACAUGUGGCAAAUUAUUUCUGACUUUAUUUCAAGAACCUCUACUAAUAGCUAGUUAAUACCUAAGCUUAUGGGGCUGGUCAGUGUCAUGGUGGUUAAGGCAGCUGGAACUCAGAUGGCUAAAUGCACGGUUCAAGUCCUAGAUCUGGCAACGUGAAAAACAUGCUUGCUGAGUACAUGUGCACGUGUGCCUAAA